AUGAAAGCAAAGCGCAGCCCCUGGUCCCAGCUGCAGCGGGGCCUGGUGACGUCACUGGUGGCGCGCCUCUCCCCCGGGGAGACCCUGCUCGUCCUCUGCCGGCUGGCCAACCCCCUGGGGCGCGACGCGGCCUUUUCUGUGUCAAUAACACACCCUGAGGAGGUGCAGCCCGUGGAGACGUCGGAGGAGCUUGCUGCCCUUGAGGCGGCGACUGGCCGCGGCCGUGAGCGCAGCGGCGCCUGCGGCGGCGUGGACGGGGAGGAGGGGGGCGGCGGCGGGGGUGCGGCGGCCGCGCGGAAGCUGCUGGUCGGGGACCGCUUGCUGCUGGGGGCGGGCGAGGCGGUGCUGGUGCCCUUCAAGCUGCGGCUACAGCCCACGGGUGAUCCUGGCAGCGACUGUGGAGGAAGCGGGGACGGCAGCGGUGCCCUGCAGCGGCGUCACGUCGUGGGGGUUGCCUUCACGGCCGCGGGCCACGGCUUCCCGUCGGCGGUGGUGGAGGUCACGGUCGCGCCGCGCGGCCCCGCCGCCAGCCGGUCGCUGCGGUUCCACUGCGCCGAGGGUGAGCUGAUGCGCGCCGCCGUCCCUCUGCGCACGCCCGAGCCGCCGGACGGCGCCGGCGGCGAGGGGGCGCAGGCGGCGGGCGGCGGCGCUGGAGGCAUCUGGGCCGCCUGCAGCGACCCCCGGGUGGCGGUGAGCGUGGUACCCGCGCCAUCAGGCGACGCAGCGGGGGCCGGCGGCGGCGGCGACGGACGAGGCACGGCGGCGCAGGGGCCGUCGGCGGUGGUGCACCUCAAGCGGAAGUGCGGGACCGCCCCCGAGGUCUCCAGAUUCUACGUCUGGAUCUAUCGGGACAGCCUGGGUGCACAACCCCUGGAAGUCUGGCAGGUCACCGUGCACGCGCUGCGCCGCAUUGAUGUUGCCACGUCCUAUGGCCUGGAGGCCGCAGCAACCACAGCCGUCCGCCUGCCGCCGCCACCCCCCGCUGCCGCCAGCGGCCGGUCUGAGCCAGCCCCUGAGGGAGGCGCCCGGCACGCGGCCGGCACCUGCAGGCCAGAGGCCUUCAGUUCUAGACCCUCCGAGGUCAGGGUGGCUGCGAGGCCACAGCUUGACAGCGAACCAACGGCUUUCGCGGAGGGGGGCGGCGGCGACGGCAGCGACAGUGGUCGGCCGGCGGUGGCGGGGGCGGGUGGCGGCCGGCUCGAGCUCGGCGUUUGCUUCCGGCCGGCCGCGCCGGGGCGACAACGGGUCUUGGUGAGUGUGGUGGACCCGACGGGUCCCCGGCAGCUGCUGGCUGCGCUGCUGGUGGUGGCGGAGGCGCGGACGCCGCCUGUCACCAGGACAAUCCAGGUGGACCUCUCUCGCUUGACAGCAGCAGGUCGCCAGUGGGAGCAGAGCGUCGCGCUGUCCAACCCCUACGGCGAGCCACGCACCUUUUUGCUGUCUUCCAGUGCGCCGGGCCUGGUCUCGUUCGCGCCUGCUACCAGGCUGCCGCUACCGGCGCGUGCCAGCGCGGCUGUGACGCUUGUUGUGGACGCGAGGGCCGGGGCUGAACUAGCUGGCCUGAGCCUGCAGACAGGGGGCGCAUCCUCGUCGGAGCGCACCAGGGCGUGCAUCACAGGCAGCAAGGGAGGCGUGCUGCUGGUGGUGGUGGUGGAUGAAGAGCGGGAGACAGCGGAGGAGUGCUGGCGGCUUGUGUUUGCGUGA